AUGGGACGCUUUUCGGGAGACACGCGAGAUCCGGCCGUCAAUGUCACCAACUGGUUCCUGCUCGUCACGGCUGCCCUGAGCGUCAUUUUUCGCCUGGGCACCAAGUAUGGCUCUUUCCGUACCUUUACCAACGACGACUACCUGAUCAUCGCCUCCUUGAUCUUCUGCGCCGGGCAAUCCAUCGCUGUGUCCAUGUCCGUCGCCAACGGCUAUGGCUACCACAUCUUCACUCUGACCCCGGAUCGCAUCGACCGGAUGAUGCAGAGCCAAUAUGCCGCCUCGCUGCUCUACACCAUCAGCCUCUGUCUCUCCAAACUCUCACUCUCCUGCUUCAUCCGCAACCUCACCCCAGCCGCCAAAGACGAGUUUGUCGCCCUCGUCGUGCAGGCCUCUAUCACCGUCGUCGCCCUGAUCGACCUCUUCGGAACCGCCUUCCAAUGCAACCUCCCCCAGCCGUGGAACUACUACACCGGAAAGUGCAUGGACCUGGAAGCAUGGCACUACUUCACUGGCGCGACCAACAUCACGACCGACGUUAUGAUCACCCUCCAGGCACUGUACCUGAUCUCGCGGAUCCAAACAUCCCGGAGACGCAAGCUCGUGUUCGCGAGUAUCUUUCUCUCCCGGGUCUCGGUCAUCCUCGCCAGCAUCAUCGAACUGGUUCUUGUCUCGCAGAACAUCCGCACCACCGACCCCUCCUGGGCCACCUGCGGGGUAACCAUCACCAUCGAAGUGAUCCAGUGCACGAGCAUCGUGUCGGCCUGCUGGGCGCAACUGAAACCGUUCCUGAAAAUGCUCAAGUCCAACGGGCUGCGCAUCCAGGGCGUCGACUACCGCUCCACCACCCACACCAAGUGGUCGACCACCCGGUCGGGCAAUAACCAUCACAACGCCGGCGAGACGGCCAAGUUCACCCGCAGCGGCGAGCACGAGUUGAUGGGCAUGGGUGCGGGGGAAGGCAAUCUCACCACCGUGUCGGCGGCGAGGCUGUCCGACGACGAUCACGAUAGUCAGUCCAGUCAGGCGGGGAUUAUUCGGGAGACCAGGACGUGGGUGGUUACGGAUCAUCGGAGGAGUGAGGAGUCGUGAUCAUCAUCAUUAUUAUCCUGGUUUGAUUCAUUGGGACUGCGAUCAGUCGGAUAUAUCUUUUCUAUUUUCUGUUUUUUUUUUU